CCCUCCUCCUCUUCCUCCUCCUCCUCCUUUAUCCUCGUCUUCUCCCCUCUUUUAUCCGGGUGUUCGUGGUCCCCACAUUCCCACAGCGAUUCCGUGGAGCAUCACAUGCCACCAUGAGUCUCCUGCCAUGCAGUUUCGUCUUCGUCCUCCUCCUCUGCCUCCCCGUCCUCGCCGAGGCCAAGCGGCAGCCUGGCGAGGGGAAACCCGACAAACCCCGCCAGCCUCCGCCGUCGCCGCCGCCGGCGGCCAAGAGGCCCAGGAACCGCUCAGUGCCCGGCUCUGGAGAGCUGAGCACCAAGGAGGGCCAUCGCUGCACCUGGCAGACGUCUGGCGAAGGCCUGGUGAGCCUGCUGGUCAACUGCAGCACCGAGACACUGGGAGAGCCGCAGAGGUAUUGGUGUCGUUACGCCGGUAAACCCGACCUGUGCCCGGCCUACGGGGUGAAGUCCAGCCAGUACUGGAAGCAGCUGGUGGGGAAGCUGAAGAAGAGGCACAACGCCUGCGAAGGAGAGAAAGUCCUGAAGGCUAAAACCUGCAAGAAGGCUCCGGCUGAGGCCCACAUGAAGCUCGCCCAACGCAGCGGAGAGGAGGAGAGGAAGGGCGGGAAGGAAGGAGGCAAGAAGAGAGGACCAGCGGCCAGUAAGGGCUCCGACGCAGGGAAGGCCGAGGGGAGGAAGAAGAAGGAGGAAGAGGAUGAGGAGGAGAAGAAGAAGAGGGAGGAGAGGACUGGGUUUGAGGACGAAGAAGGAGUGCUGAACGACAUGGCGCCGGCACAGAGUUACUGCAACGAGGGAUGGCACUCCGUCUGCUCCUUCUUUGUCAAGUUCUUUGAGGGUUGAUUUGGAAAUUACGAAGGAAACGCAGAGCUCAGUUUUUGAUACAUGAUGGUGCAAGUUCACAAUUUCAAAAAAGUGUUUUUUAUUUUUAUUUUUUUAUUGUACGGGAAACACCAGGCAGCUCAUUAGAAAAGAUCAGUCUUAUAUAAAGUACUUGAAAGCAAUACUAAAAGUGUAAAAGUACAAGUAUCUUACCAGAAAAUUACUUUGGUAGAAGUUAAAAUCACCUUUUAGAAUAUCACUUGAGUAAAAGUCUUAAAAGUAUCUGAUAUUUACUGUACUUGAGUAUCAAAAGUAAUUUGUUGUAUGUACUUAAUUAUAGAAAAUAAAUUGAUUAUGAACUUUAUUGUGGCUUCCUUUACAGUAAAGCGUUAUAGCCAGGGUCUCCACACCUUCUUAAACAUCAAAUUCAAAGUCUGACACCAACAAAGAGAAAAACAGAAACAGAAUUUUCAUUUUUGGCGAGGAAGUAUCUUUCACUCCAACGUACCAAAACAUUUCUUGCAAAUACAGCCACAGGUGUGUAACGUUACGUUCACCGCUGUAUCGCAGUAAAAGUUUACAUUUGAUGUAGGAACUGUAUCGGAGUAAAAGUGAAAGUUUCCAGAAAUAUAAAUAACAAAGUUCAGAUAGAUUAAAUUUCUACUUGAGUCCAGUAACAAAGUAUUUGUACUUUAUAACAUUACAACACUGGUAAAGAUAGUUUGGUUUUAAACAAAUAAGUGGAGUCUAGAUUUGGUCAUGAAACAAAACACUUUGUUAACAAAUUGAGCCACCUUGCAUCGAAUGUGCAACGUUAUAGUGAAGCGACAAUUAAUACCUGGCAAUCUGAAUUAAAUAAAACCAUUAAAUCAAAAAUCAAUACUGAAUAAAAAGCCACAAUUCAUUAUUAAUGUUCCUUGUCCCAGUGCCCAUCUGCUGGGGAGCGUGCCUGUGUUCCCACAGCCCUAUGUUCUGACAUUUCUAAGAUUCUUUUCCAAAAUUAGGCCCUAUGUUCCCACAUUUCCUUUUUCAUGAAUUUGUAUCAGAUUGUAUCCCCCUUUCUCCCAAUUUGGUA